UUUUGAUUGGUCUCCGUCGACAGGAAGUGAAGGAAGAGACGAUAGCCUUGGUGAAAGCUGUCAAGUUCACACCGGUCCAAACCGUAUCUUUCAACUUCAUUUGGCAAAAAUUAUCACAUAUCUGCAACCGUUCGCACGUUAGCAGCCAACCUGCCUAGGAUAAACCUGUGCUCGUUGUUACAACGUUUAAAAAGGAGUCUUUGCAGUCAAAGUUUACGGAAGUACAGCACAGAGGACAUCGGCAUCGAGAUGGCAGCGUACAAAUUGGUGCUGAUCCGACACGGCGAGAGCUGCUGGAACCAGGAGAAUCGCUUCUGCGGGUGGUUCGACGCGGAUUUGAGCGAAACGGGCGAGCAAGAGGCAAAGAGGGGUGGACAGGCGUUGAAAGAUGCUGGCUAUGAGUUUGACAUUUGUUACACCUCAGUUCUUAAGAGGGCCGUCCGCACUCUGUGGUUUGUUCUGGACAGCAUCGACCAAAUGUGGCUUCCAGUGCACAGGACCUGGCGCCUCAAUGAGCGCCAUUAUGGCGGUCUGACUGGCUUGAACAAGGCUGAAACAGCAGCUAAACAUGGAGAGGCCCAGGUCAAGAUUUGGAGGCGCUCGUUUGACAUUCCUCCUCCACCUAUGGAUGAGGGCCACGACUUCUAUCAGACCAUAAGCAAGGACCGACGUUAUGCCGAUCUGACAGAGGACCAGCUUCCAACAUGUGAGAGCCUGAAGGACACCAUUGCUAGGGCUCUUCCCUUUUGGAAUGACGAGAUAGUUCCACAGAUCAAAGAAGGGAAGAGGGUGCUGAUUGCUGCCCAUGGCAACAGUCUCCGUGGCAUUGUCAAGCACCUUGAGGGUAUGUCUGAGGAGGCCAUCAUGGAGCUAAACCUGCCUACAGGUAUUCCUGUUGUGUAUGAAUUGGACAAAAACCUGAAGCCCAUAGGACCCAUGCAGUUUUUGGGAGAUGAGGAGACUGUACAGAAAGCGAUGGCUGCUGUGGCAGCUCAGGGUAAAGCAAAAAAAUAAACUACACUCCCAAGAUUGGGAUUAAAUUUAGAUCAAUGCUGUCCUGUUCAGUCAACAAAAGAUACCCGUCAACCAAGCCUCUUAGUGUUGUCAACAUCACGAAACUCAAAACACACACGUGCACACACUAUACCAUGUUUGACUCUCUACUACAUUGAGUAUAGAAUUUAAUCAUCUAUAUUUUUGACAUAAGCAGGUAUAACAGAAUGAAUAUUCAUGGUGUAUGUACGUAAUGACCAAAAUGUUCAUUAUGGACCUUGGAAGUAACCUCAUUCAGCCCACAAUAUAUUUUAACAUUGGUGUUGAAAUUCCAAGUUGAUGUAUGUGCACUUGUCCUUACUAUGUCACUGAGAAAAAUAAUAAAUGUGAUAAGCUAUUAAGUGUUCAAAA